UUGUCCAGUCAACAUCUUACACUAUUCGAGGCGUACCUCGUGAGAAAUAAAAAUGUCUCAAAAUGUGCUUGGAACAUGCUGCGAUGAUGAGAUAGAGAUCAUUCACUAUGAAGAGAAGUACUGUGACCGCUCUAUGAAUGUGCUACGAAAAUCUUUCUUUUUGCACGAAGCCGUUUGCAUUGGAUCAGAAGUGAAUCUCGAUUCUCAGGCCCAGAAAGAUUUAGAACAACUUUGCUUGGAUGUAGGUCGCAGUGGAGUUUCUUUGCUGGCGCGACACAAGUCAAGCGGUGAAAUCGUCGGAGUGUCGUUCAAUGUACUGCAGACACCUAGUGCCCCAGGAGAUGCGAACUACUUUGAAUCAUUCCGUGAUCAUCAGUGCAAAUCGGCAAGCUCAAAAAGUCUUAUGCAGUACAUGAUAACGAUGGACGCCAAGGUGGAUUUGUUUCAAAUGUUCAACGUUGAUUGUCUUCUGGAGAUCAUGUUCCUCGCAACACUACCAGCUUUCGAGGGGAAGGGAAUUGCAAGUAACCUUGUCGCGUGCUCGAUCGAUCUAGCGAAGCAGUUGAAGCACGGUCACGGCAUUGAAAAUCUCCCAAAGGAUUCCAAGCAUAAACGACCGGAACUUGUUUCAGCACUUUUCACAUCAAGGGUAUCACAAAAAGUGGGCACAAAAAACAAGUUUACAGAAAUUAAUGAAGUGCCUCAUGCGGAAUUUAUUUUUCGUGGUAAAACGUAUAGCGAUCGUAUUGGCCCGGAUCAUCCAACUUCGAUUCUAAUGGCUAGAGAAAUUUAAAGUGAUAAUAGAUUAAAUCAUCUGUCGAAAUUUCUGAUGGUUGGAGAAAUUGAAAGUGAUAAUAAAUUUGAAAACCUUUGAAAGGUAGUUUCUCAACAGUCUCGUUUAGGGAAAUUCAAAUAGUCUUAGCACACAGUGUGUUUUGUAGAAUUUCUUAUUCGUCUAACCCAGUUCAAUCCACUUUAUAUAAUGUCACCAAACAGUUCAUAAUAGAAAAUUAUUACACUCAGGUUUUUUUACGCGGGGGAUACAGGCCGCGUAAAUGAAAACCGCGUAAAUGAAAACCGUGUAAAUUUCAAAAUCCGCGUAAAUGAAAACCGCGUAAAUUUCAAAAUCCGCGUAAAUGAAGACCACUUAAAUUUAAGAAUCCGCGUAAAUGAAAACCGCGUAAAUUUCAAAAUCCGCGUAAAUGAAGACCACUUAAAUUUAAGAAUCCGCGUUAAAGGGAACCUCGUUGAUGGAUACCGCGUAAAUUCCAAAAUCCGCGUAAAUGAAAACCGCGUAAAUUUCAAAAUCCGCGUAAAUGAAAACCGCGUAAAUUUCAAAAUCCGCGUAAAUGAAAACCGCGUAAAUUUCAAAAUCCGCGUAAAAAAAACCGCGCAAAAAAAAACUUGAGUGUACUACGCUUUUGAUAUUAUGACAUGACAUUUUAAGGGAAUUAUAAAAGCACUGUUUUUCGUAUGUUGAACUGUUUUUGCGAAAAACAUAUAGUAAUAUCGAUUAUAAAGCUAUUUAGAUAGAUGAAAUAGGAAAAUAUAGCAUAACAAUUCAACGCAUCAACAGCCGAAGGCUUAAGGUAAUAGACCUACCUAUUGUGAAAUAAUUGCCCAUGCGAUUAAAUUUUCAUAUUGAUUCCUUACUGGCCGAUUAAUCAUAUUCUUUGAGAGAAUUGGACUUAUAGCAUCUAUGGCUGUUUUCUAAACACGACAAUGUCCAUGCUAAAUCAAUGAAAAAAUAAUUCAAAGUGCAAUAUAACUAUAUGUAACUGGUAGUAAAUUGCACUAUACAUUUUAAAGAGCUUACUUCUAAUAUGUCAUCGCUUUUGAACGUACUAUCAGAUGAACUUACUAGUAUAUGCAAUAAAUACAUGAUUGGGGUAAUUUUCUCCACAAUGUCAACUGCACUAUGCAAACGAUCAACCGCAUAACAGUCCCACGAUGAAAAACGUGGAGUAUAUGGAAUAACGAUACAGGUAUACCUCGAUAGUACGUACACCUUCGCUUCGUUUAGUGUACGUACUAUCGAAACGUACGUACUAUCGAAUCACAAAUAUAAAUUUCAAAAUAUUACUUUUUAUGUUUAAUAUUGCAUGAAAACUUACAAAAAUAAGAUUUAUCACUGAAUUAAUCCUCAUAUUAGUGAUAAACUGUUCAAUCACUGUGUACUUGGUUUUAGAAGAACGGUUUGCUACAACCAGAAUGGUUGAAAAUGGCAUGUAAAAGCAUUUCCUCGAACUUAUUAGGUUCCUUGACUACGUACGAUUUGUCUGAAUUUCGCAUAAAAUAUUCUGAAUUUGUAAUAAAAAAAUCCGGAAGGAAUAAGAUGCCUAAACUCUUUGCAUUUGGUAGCAUUCCCGCGAGCGCGAUGCCAUUAACAACAUAUUGUUUUUCUAUUCCUUUUUUUUUGUCGCAAAACGGAUAUUUAAAUAUAUUUGUAAUGGCGAUUAAAUUUUAAAUAUAUUUUAUGACAACAUAUGAAGUUAAAGAUAUAUAAAGCAUAGUUCCCUGUCAUACCUUAAUCCUUUAACCAUGCCAAUAUGUUGAAUACUUCCUUUAAUUCCUCACACAAGUUUCACAAAAGAAGUAUAGAGGGAAAAAGGCUCGUUUAGCUGUGUUUGUCCAGAUCUGUAAGUCAUAUUAGUCUCCAUCAAAUUCGCUGGGCGUACUUGAUCCGAAUCUUACCCAUUCCAUUCAAAACUUAGUAUCUCCUAGAAUGUAAUGAAUUCAGCACUCACAUUUUAUGUGCAUAAUCUUUGAAAAUCAAUUAGCAAAAAUCCUGUUAUCAUUGCUCUAGAUAGUAUACCUUAAAAGUAAAAGAAUUUUACCGGUUACUUCGAAGUUAGUAAUACUUAUCUGAUACUUGUGAGACACCGUACAUAAAGCAUACAAAAGUUUUUGGUCAAACUUUCAUAAUUUUGUGAAGUUAACUGUGAGUUUUAGAAAUUUACUUGAGGUUUGUUGUAAUUUAUCUGUUUGAAGUAAUAUUGCAAAGCUUGAAGACACCCCUUGACGUUUGAAAUUUUUUUUUCCAUAAAUCCUUUAAAUACUCUUGAAAUUUCGUAAACUUUCCAGAAGUUCUAAAGAUUUCGAUCAAGAUCGUAAAAUUUGUUGAAGUUUGCAGAAUUACCCCGAGUUUGGUAAAAGAUGAGUGAAUAUCGUGAACACUCUGCUGUUUAUGUAAAAUGUUUGAGUGCAUGAAAAUUCUCUGAAGUUUGAAGUAUUUUCCUAAACUUUAUACAACCGGUAAAUUGUCAUCCUUAAAGCUCAUUGAGAUUCUCUGAUGUUUGACAAAAAAAAUAUGAAUGAUAAGAAUAUCGUACAAAUUGUCUGUAGUUCUAAGGAUUUCCUUGUAAGCUAGCAAGCUCCCAAAAAUUUAUAAGAGUUUUAAGAUACUUGUAGGACGUCCCUAAAGCUCGUAGGAUUCUUUUCAUACUUGGUAGAAUUUCAUGAUGCAUUUAUGGUUUACUUAAACUUUGGAAUACUUUGCUGGAGUUUGCAGAACCACCUUGAGCAGCACAGAACCCGUGACAUAACCUCUCUAAAGUAUGCAGAAGUAACAUGGAACUCGUGAAACUUCUAUAAAAUGUGUCGCAUUUUGUUGAAGUUUACAAAAUCAGACGAAAAAAAAAUUGUUGGUAGGUGUACGUACUAUCGAGGCAAAAUACGUACUAUCGAGGGUACGUACUAUCGAAGGUACGUACUAACGAGGGUACCUGUAUAUGUUUUCAGUUGCUAGUUGUCACAGACAAAAACUUAUAAGUAAUAUAACGAGAUCAAGAAAACAUCCGUUUAUUGUCCUACAAAUAAUAAUUAUAAUUGUUUUGUCAUGUGUACAUAAUUCUAAAAUAUGAUUAUAUGUAUUUAUUUUAAGCAGAAUAUCAGUAUACAUCAAAUAUAAAAUUGAUGUCGAAUUGUAUAAACUUUAACAUUGCUGAACUAUAGUAAUAUUUUUUUGGCGCGAAAAAUUAGCUGUUUGAUAAGAACUAUAAUAAAAUAAAAUAAAUGGACUUGGAUCGUUAUCACAUAUUUUACUUUUGUGGAUGAAAACGAUGAAAGGAUGAAUUUUUGAGUAAGAUUUAUAUAUGUACAGUGUCGGAUAAAACAA